GGGAUCGCCUCGGAGGGUAGCUAAGCCUCCCCCCACCAAAAAAAAUUCUUUUUUUUACAUUAUAGUGAAGGGGAAGGAGUCUGGGGGUUGCAAAUAGCGGUGGUGAGAUCUCCCUCUGCAUAUUGCCGGUAUUAUGGACAUGCGGGAUUUUUACCUGUUCCUGACGCUGGUCGCUUGCCUGACCGUAGAUUCGGCUCUGGCUCAGGAGCUGGUCUACACCAUCCAGGAGGAGAUGCCCGAGAAUAUCUUGCUGGGGAGCAUCCCCCGGGAUCUGAACAUCUCCCGGCUGAAUGCGGCCACAGGGAUGAGUGCCAACCUUAUCUACAGGCUGGUGUCCAAGGCUGGGGAGGUGCCUCUGCUCCGGGUGUCCAGCGGCACCGGCGAGAUCUUCACCACGGCCAACAGGGUGGACCGGGAGAAGCUGUGCGCCGGCACCUACACCGACACCGACUGCUACUUCGAGGUGGAGGUGGUCAUCCUGCCCAAUGACCACUUCAGGCUGGUCAAGAUCAAGGUGGUGGUGCGGGACGUGAAUGACAACGCUCCCAUGUUCCCGUCUCCCGUGAUCAACAUCUCCAUUCCGGAGAACACCCUGGUCAACAGCCGCUUCCCGGUGCCCUCUGCUACCGACCCGGACACGGGCAGCAACGGGGUUCAACGCUACCAGCUCCUCAAUGGUCAGGGGGCUUAUGGCUUGGACGUGGUGGAGAGCCCCGAGGGCGAGAAGUGGCCGCAGCUGAUUGUCCAGCGGAGCUUGGACAGGGAGCAGAAGGACACCUAUGUAAUGAAGGUCAAGGUAGAGGAUGGAGGGAGCCCCCAGAGGUCCAGCACUGCCAUCCUGCAGGUGACGGUCAGCGAUGUCAAUGACAACCGGCCGGUGUUCAAGGAGAGCCAGCUGGAGGUCCGCCUGCCAGAGAAUGCACCCUUGGGCACCUCGGUCAUCCAGCUGCACGCCACGGACGCGGACGUGGGCUCCAACGCCCAGGUCCGCUACCUCUUCAGCCCUCAGGUCUCCCCGGCCGUCCGGAGGCACUUUGCCCUCAAUUCCACCGCUGGCCUCAUCACGGUUCAGAGGGCCCUGGACCGGGAGGAGAUGUCCCUCCACAAGAUGACCGUGUUGGCCACCGAUGGCAGUUCCACCCCUGCCAGGGCCACUGUCACCGUCAACGUUACCGACGUCAAUGACAACCCCCCCACCAUUGACAUCCGCUACAUCAUCAGCCCCAUCAAUGGGACAGUCUACCUGUCCGAGAAGGAUCCGGUGAACACCAAGAUAGCCCUGAUCACCGUAUCGGAUAAGGACACUGACGUGAAUGGGAAGGUGGUCUGCUACAUUGAGAAGGAGGUGCCUUUCCACCUCAAGGCUGUGUACGACAACCAGUAUCUCUUGGAGACUUCUGCCUUGCUGGACUACGAAAACACAAGAGAUUACAGCUUCAGGAUAGUGGCAUCGGACUCUGGUAAGCCCAGCCUGAAUCAAAGCUCCCUGGUUCGAGUGAGACUGGAAGAUGAGAAUGACAACCCUCCUGUCUUCAACCAGCCUGUCAUUGAGCUCUCUGUGGCCGAAAACAACCACCGUGGCCUCUACCUCACCACCAUCAGUGCCACCGAUGAGGACAGCGGCAAGAACGCCGAGAUUGUCUACCAGCUGGGUCCCAACGCCUCGUCCUUUGACCUGGACCGCAAGACCGGGGUGCUGACGGCUUCCAGGGUCUUUGACAGGGAGGAGCAGGAGCGUUACAUUUUCACCGUAACUGCCAGGGACAGUGGCAACCCUCCCCUCCAGAGCCAAGCGGCCGUGAUCGUCACCGUGUUGGACGAGAACGACAAUAACCCCAAGUUCACCCACAACCACUUCCAGUUCUUUGUGUCUGAAAACUUGCCAAAGUACAGCACUGUGGGGGUCAUCACAGUGACGGACGCAGAUGCCGGGGAGAAUGCAGAGGUGAUGGCUUCUGUUGUGGGUGACAAUGACAAUUUUAUCUUGGACCCAGUGAGCGGAGUUAUAAGAUCUAACGUCUCCUUUGACAGAGAGCUGCAAAGCUCGUACACGUUUGAAGUCAAGGCGAUAGACAGAGGUCGACCUGUCAGAACCUCCAUUGCCAAAGUCACCAUCAAUGUCAUAGAUGUCAAUGAUAACAGUCCCGUCGUGAUCUACCCACCCUCAAACACUUCAUUCAAGCUGGUGCCCCUCUCUGCCAUCCCUGGCUCAGUGGUGGCAGAGGUGUUCGCAGUGGACAUUGACACAGGAAUGAACGCGGAACUCAAGUACAGCAUCGUCAGUGGGAAUACCAAGGGCUUGUUCAGAAUUGAUCCAGUGACUGGCAACAUUACUCUGGAGGAGAAGCCAACCGUGGCAGACCAAGGUUUGCACCGCCUGGUGGUAAAUAUUAGUGAUUUAGGGUAUCCCAAACCCUUGCACACCCUGGUCCUUGUCUACUUGUAUGUAAAUGACACCAUAAGUAAUGCUAGUUACAUUAAUGAGCUCAUAAGAAGAACGAUGGAGACUCCACUAGAUAAGAACAUUGGCGAUAGUACCCAGCCCUGGCAAAAUGAGGAUUAUCUCACCAUCAUGAUCGCCAUAGUUGCGGGGGCAAUGGUGGUGAUUGUGGUCAUAUUCGUAACGGUGCUGGUGCGUUGCCGGCAGUCGAGGUUCAAAGCCACACAGAGGAGCAAACAGGGCGCGGAGUGGAUGUCCCCAAACCAAGAGAGCAAGCAAAACAAGAAGAAGAAAAGGAAGAAAAGAAAGUCUCCAAAGAGUUCUCUUCUCAACUUUGUCACCAUUGAAGAAUCCAAACCUGAUGACCCUGCCCAUGAACCCAUCAAUGGGGCCAUUACCAUUCCAGCUGAGCUGGAGGAGCAGACUAUAGGACGGUUUGACUGGAGCACCACACCACCAUCGACCUUUAAGCCAGGGAGCCCAGACCUGGCCAGGCAUUACAAGUCAGGCUCGCCACAGCCCUCUUUUCAUCUAAAGCCGGACACCCCAGUUUCUGCAAAAAAACAUCACGUGAUUCAGGAGCUUCCUUUGGACAACACCUUCGUUGGGGGCUGCGACACCUUGUCCAAGCGCUCUUCUACGAGCUCAGACCACUUCAGCGCAUCAGAGUGCAGUUCCCAAGGUGGCUUCAAGACAAAGGGUCCAUUGCACACCAGACAGUCUCAGAGGCGCGUUACAUUUCACCUCCCCGACGGCUCCCAAGAAAGCUGCAGUGAUAGUGGUCUAGGAGACCAUGAGCCGGUAAAUGGUGGCCCGCUGAUCUCACACCCUCUCCCUCUGGUUCAGCCGCAGGACGAGUUCUACGAGCAGGCUUCCCCAGACAAGAGGACCGAAGCCGAUGGCAAUUCUGACCCCAACUCUAGUGAUGUUCCACUUGGUCCCAGAGGCUUAGCCGAAGCAACAGAGAUGUGCACUCAAGAAUGCUUGGUGCUCGGGCACUCAGACAACUGUUGGAUGCCUCCAGGUCUUGGCUCGUAUCAGCAGCUCAAAUCCCCCCUCUCCACUUUCGGAUCCCAGAAGGAAUGGAUCAAAAAGGAUAAGUUAAUUAACGGCCACGCGCUUUCAAGGACCUGGAAGGAAGAUGGCAACAGAAGCCAGUUCAACGACAGGAAGCUGAUUGGCUGUGGUGAUGGGCAUUAUACCAGUGGGAACCCAAUGACGGACAUUCCCCUGGCCAGUCUGAAGUCUUACAAACAGACACCAUCAUCCCUGGAGACAGCUAAAGAACAUCAACUAUGAAGAGUACUUUGCCAUUGUCCAGCUGUUAACUCAUGUCAGCCUGGUUGUAGGCACUAGUGGUAGAAUAUGCUAAUCCUUUAUGUCCGAAUUCUGUGUUACGGGUAGGACUUUAGACCACUGUUGCAGCAAGUACUUGAAGUUGUCUGUGUUUUAGGAACCAUGAGAUUUGAUAAUUCUGUAGUCCACUCGAUGUAAAACAGGAAGGAGCUAAACUUCACAACAGAGGAGCUGGAACCCCACCAGAACAGCAAAAAAAAAUCAGUGGGACCACCUCGCAUUUGUGACUUGGAGACGCUGAGGAAACAAUAUAAAACAAGUGAAGCAGAACUUGUGGAGGAACAAAUAAAUGCUGCUUUUAAUUGAGACCAAUUGCUGCUGACAUAUGUAAUGAGAUAGGAAAAAGAAUCUGAAAUGCAAGCAAGAUUAACCAUGACUGUUAAAUGGGCAAUCCAGCUUUAAGUGAUCCAAGCGAACAUUCAAAGUGUUUGUAAAUAGGACAACUCAUUAGUAAGACCUAUUUUAUGAAACUAUAUUCUUCCCAAACUGUAGCAAAAGACUGUGCUAUCAUACCACAACCGUCCCCCUCUCUUUGUCUGCAUCCUCCUUAGAGUUUCUUUGAAGCUUCAUGUUGCUGAAUACCCGGUGAAAAUGGUUGAGUGUUUGUAAACCGUCCAACAGCACUGUUUCCACGCUCACAGGACAUUUAAUGUGUCGUGCCUUCAUUAUGUACUAGAGCAUAAUACUAGUUGUCAUAGGGGUCGACGAAGAUUCUUACUUCUAGCUUUCUCUGUGCCUGGCAGGUACCAGCAUCGUUUAGUUGUUCAGAAUGAGGAAAUCUUCAAUGCAGCUUCUAAUAGCAUGUUUGAGCAAAUGAGAAUCAAUGCUUUGUUUUCUUUUUGAUUUUAAAAUUCAGCAGUCUGGGCAUGGUAAGCCAAUUUAACAAUUCGGUAGAUAGCAUGUUUUUUGCAGAAAUGGAUGAUUUUCUUUCAAACACAUUCCAAUAUAGGUACACGGAGAGAAACUAAGUAAAAAUCAUAUAAAAAAAUGAAAAAAAAACUAAAUAAAAAGUGGCAACCGAAAAAAAAACCCCACAUCAGUGCUCGUCUUAAAAACACCGCUGUCCCUAUUUUUUGGGGUUUCAUUCCCAAACAUUCUCAGAAUCACUUGUGAAACCAUGAAUGGGAACGGGGAGCGUACAUAAUUAAAGCUUGUGUUUGAUUUAAACUGGAAAGUACGAGAUCAAUGAGAGACUGCUUUGUAACACGACUCAGUAAUCCAUUUCUACCUGUUAUUUAUAUCUACUGUUAUUUAUUUUGAUACAUAUAGCGUACUUUUUGAGAAGUUUUUAUAUAGAGAAAAUCGGGGUGUUGUCAUUGAGUGCAAUGGGUCAAUAGCAUGAAUUUGACACAAGGUUCAUAUAUUAAUUGCAAAGAUUAUUUUAAUGUAACAUAUUUUAGCAAUGGAAGUUACAAAAUAUAAAGGAUCACAAAUACAGGGGUAUUUAGUACGCUGUAUAUAUUACAAUUGAAUAACAUUCUCCCUAAUGUAUUAAAUGUUCCCAUUAGUUUAAUCCUACAAUUGUUAAUUUUCCAGAGAGAUUUUAUUUCUGUGUAAUACUGUUCAACAAAUAACAUCUUUAAUGUAACCAUAAAGAAAGGAAUAAUUGAAAAAUAUUUUUAAACUUAGGAUACUUGUCAGGUAAAAUACAUUUUUCUUAGAAUAUGUGUUGAUAAAAUAUCCACUGAAUAUAAGCAACAUGUAACUAAACAUUAGGGUUCAACUCUGAAGGUGUUUCUGAUACUGAGCUUUGAAAAGAUAGCAUGUUAGUAUGAAGUUGACAAUGGAUUUAUGUGAAAAACACUAUGUAUAAGGGUUUGCUGCACCUUUAACUGUCAUAUGCUGAAAACAUUUUUGAACCCUCUGUGAUUGGAUGCAAAUGCAAAACGAACUUGCAUUUAUGAAAGUGCCCUUCAUGACCUCAGUACAUCCUGCUACCAUCCCCAACCCCCACUCCAAAAUUCUCUCCAGCCAAGGAAUUCCUUUUUUUGAAGUCCAGUCAUUGUCAAGCUGUAGAAAAGGUGAAAUCUGAUCUCCACACAUCCAUGUGUGAAUGGCCAUUUGCUGUCUACUUAUUAAAGUGAUGUUGGGUUGAGGAACGAAAUGCUGGACAGACAGUCAAGUCAUAUCACCCUGCUCAUCGAGUAAUGGCUGUGGAUUCUUUAGUGACGACCAAAGCCUCCUUCAAACAAAGCAGCUGAAAAGUGGCCUGACCUCUGGGCAGAAAGGGUUGACCUGGGCGAUGGGCCAAGUUUCUGGUGGCAUGCUUACUGAGACCGAGAGUGUGACAACUCAUCCACUCUUGUAUGUGCUAAAUGCACAUGCACCAGAAUAGGACUUGCUCACACAACCUCCUGGGUUAAAAGCAAACUUUAUUACCAAAUGGAUGAAGGUAAGUUUCAUAAAGUUGUGGUGGCCUCUACAGGUGGAACUCUAUCCUUCAGAUAAGUCAAGUUCUUUGCUUCUGAAGACUGACAACAUUUUUUUAAAUCUAUUCACCUCUUUAGGUGAAUUGCCUUGAAAGUAUGUGUAUCCUUUUGCCACAGUUGAAGGAAACCUUCCUGCAGUUACAUCAGACAUGUAGGCAUUUAAGUUUGCUCCUUAAAUUUGUUUUAAUAUAAAUCAAUAGAUUUGAAUUUCAAGAAUGGAGUUCAACAUGCAACUGUUAUAGAAUUCCCUGGUUAGCACACAGAGGAUGGAUUUAUAACCCAUUGCCUUCCCCCUACUGCUACUCUCAUCCCUGGAAGUGUGGAGUCUAACUAACAGAAUGGCUAAAACUGAGGGAGGUUGUCACAACGCAAUGCCUGAUACCCUGCUCCCUCAAGGUCUUGGAAAGGGUUGGGACUUGGUGGCAGGAACGUGAGACAGAAGUAGGCCAAGAGGCCGGUGAAAUUUGAAGACGCAAGAUCCAUGGAGAGUGGAUAGUUUUAUUCACACUCCUGAAAAAUCUCAGGAGCAUGUUCCUGUGUCGAUCAACAGUAGAAUCCUGCAGAGAGGGAGGAAUAUUUGGCUUUAAACAAACUAAAUAACAAUGAUUUUAAAAAAAAGCCAAAAAGUAAAUCCCUCGAACGGAAAAGACUUUAUCUUUGGGUGUUCUACUGAUCAUCUGUAUGCAAUCAAGGAAAAUUCCUGUAAGACAGGCUAGUGAUUCCAUAUAUAAAUAUAUAUAUAUAAAUAUAUAUACACUAUUUAAAUAUGCAUUUACUUACAUGCUGAGCACUAGAAGAAAAUACAAGAGUCACUUAUUUGUGCUUGUGCAUAGCACGGAAAGAUUACGUCCAUGUUUUCAGUUUUGACAGUCAACGUAUUAUACUUUCUGUAAGCAGUUCAUGUGUCUUUGAUUUUGUCGAAAUGUUAUGACGUGGGUCAUGGCUGACCUGUUUAGUCACAGUAAAGUCUGUCAGUUUGCAAGAAGUGUUUAGAUGACGAUGGCAAAAUAUAUGACAGUUAUCCUUGUUACUGCAUUGUUGGUUCAGCGUUAUUUACAGUUAUUCUGCUCUGCAAUCAAUGUUUGGCAUUCUGUAGUGUGUUGUAUAAAUUCACCACUAGAAUUGAA